CAGUUUAAAACUUACAAACCAUCAACACCCGGUAAGCGUUGGCUUAAGAGAGUCCCACGUGACCAUCUUUACAAGGGCAAAGCCGUACGUCGUUUGACGGUCGAGAAGAGAAGCACGGGUGGACGUAAUAACACCGGUCGUAUUACAAUUCGCCAUCAUGGUGGAGGACACAAGCGACGCAUCAGAAUUAUUGACUGGAACCGCAUGGAAAGUGGAAGCCAAGAAGUAAUGCGGCUUGAGCAUGACCCUGGACGCAGUGCAUGGAUUGCUUUAUUGAAACAUAAACAGACAGGCUCAUUGAGUUAUAUCGUGGCUCCUCAUGGUGUAAAGCCAGGAGAUGUUGUGACAAGCUACCGUGCAUCCGACAGCAAGACCACAGACGGAAUUACACGAAUCGUAUCAGUUGAUGUCGGAAACUGCAUGCCGCUCAAGAUGAUUCCUGUCGGUACAAUUGUGCACAACAUUGGACUUAAGCGUAGUGGACCUGCAAUUAUUGCUCGUUCGGCUGGAACAUAUGCACAGCUCAUUCAGACAGGAGAGACAGGUUAUGCACAGUUGAGAUUGUCGAGUGGUGAAGUGCGUCUUAUUCCUGUAGAUGCUUGUGCAACUAUUGGAGCUGUAAGCAACCCUGAUCACCAGCACGAAAUGCUAGGAAAGGCUGGUCGUUCACGUUGGAUGGGUAUUCGUCCCACUGUACGUGGUGUGGCUAUGAACACAUGCGACCAUCCUCAUGGUGGUGGUCGAGGAAAGUCCAAGGGAAACAAGGAUCCUCGCUCUCCCUGGGGUGUUCUUUCCAAGGGUGGAAAGACUCGCAAGUCCGUCAACCAGUUUGUUGUCAAGCCUCGCCCAAGA